AGCAGGAGCAGCAGCAGCAGACGCUCACUCUGCUGUUGACCAGCAGGAGAGAGACACCUCCUCCAGCUCCUGCACAUCAUGAUGGACGGACGACACGCGGCAGAACACUUCCCUGGAUCCUACUGAGAUCAUCCUUGUCACCUUCUUCUCUCAGAGGUGAUGAGUCCAGUGAUCAGUGGCUCAUCUGAUCUUCACAGAGCUCUUCAUGAGACAUGGUACUGACUGAUAAAACCUCCAGACCCCUUGCUGCCAAGAGGGUCCCCAAGCAGCGCGCUCUGCCCCACCAGAGCCUGCCCUCUCCGGCCCUGUGCUGCGCCUGCGGCCUGUGCAUCAUGCUGGCCGGCAUCAACAUCACCCUGGUGGGGGCCUUCGCCUUUGGCACCUUCAUCCCCACCGGCAACCCCCCCAUCGUCAUCGGGCCCAUUCUCCUACUGGUAGCCCUGGGUUUCUUCGCGGCCUGCUGUGUGGUCAGCAGGAGGCCCCCGACCCACGUGGCCCGCAAGGCCGCGGGGGGCGAGAAGUGGGGGCUGAUGCGGAUUGGGACGGCGGCGUUUGAGAUGGAGACGAGCGAGCACACGCUGCAGGACACCACGGCCGUGCAGCUCAGCCCCACCAACUCCCCCAGCUCCUCGCACAGGUCCGGCUCCAGCUCCAGCCAGGGGGGCCACGCCGCCGCCGCCUCUCCACCUGCCUGUCAGGAUGGAGCCAGGGAGAUGUGUGGCCCUGGAGAUAAACCCUCCGUGACCUCUGACAGCAGCUAUCCCACACAGAUGCUCACAGCACUUCCUCUUCGUCGCCUGGACUGUUCACAGGAUGGAAGUGUCUGUAGUAAUUAACAGGACUGAUUGGCCUUUCCGUACAAAAGCCUACAGACCAAAUAUCUCCAUGACCUGCAGACUCUCAGGCUGCAGUCUGUAAUGUGUUGUGCAAAAACCAUGUGUGAAGGUAACUUCUUCAGUGUCGCCCCUCAGCCCCAUAAUGUUUGUGUAUUUAUUGUUGUACAAUGCAUCGGAUGAAGGCAGAUUAUCCUGCGUUCAUGUGUCGUGGAUCAACUUGUCACCGUACAGAGAGAAAAUGAGUGCGUCCGGUCGAGCAGCUUCUCUGAGUCAUCAUGCUGCUCCUGUGUGAGUGCAGUAAAAAGUGUUUUUAAAGUUUACUUGGGCAAAGUGAGUGCGUAACGUCGCGGUGUGUUAAGAUGGAUGUUCAGGAACAAAUCAGUGUUUUCAGUGAAUUGGUCAUGUUGUCGUGCCAUGAUUAUAACAGCUACAGAUGCUUAUACAUG